AUGGCACCCAUCGGAAUUGCGAUUGUUGGGGGUGGGAUUUUCGCCAAGGAACAGCAUUUGCCCGCUGUGGAGGCGAGCGACCAACUGGAACUCAAGGCCAUCUAUUCGAGGUCUCUCAAGUCGGCCAAGGACACAGCAAGCCUGGCCAACAAGUCUGGAGCUGCGCCCGACCUGUACUCAGACGACUCGGGUGCUGGCAAGUCCUUCAAGGACCUCCUUGCCCGCGACGACAUCAAGGCUGUCAUCUUGGCCUUGCCCAUCCCGAACCAGCCUGAGUACAUUGAGCAGGCCUUGGCCGCUGGGAAGCAUGUUCUUGCUGAAAAGCCCAUCGCCGCCGACGUCGCUCGUGCCCAGAAGCUAAUCGAGUACUACAAGAAAGUGUCUGCCGAGAACGGCGUUACCUUCGCCAUCGCCGAAAACUAUCGUUUCCAGCCGCGCUUCACCACUGCACGGGACGAGGUGCAGAAACUAGGCAAAGUUACUGGCUUCAAUGCCAGAGUCUUCUUCUUCGUCAAGCUAGGUGGCAAGUACAUUGAGACGGCAUGGCGCAAGAAGCCUGAUUACCAGGGUGGUUUCCUUCUGGACGGUGGCGUCCACUUCGCUGCUACCGUGCGUCUACUUCUCGGUACUGAGGCCGCCCCGGAGUCGGUCGCCGCAUUCUCGGACUUGACCCGGCCGCACCUUCCGCCCAUUGACACCAUCAACGCCGUCAUCAAGACUCGCUCAGGCGCCACCGGGUCUUUCGCCGUCAGUGUCGGCUCUUCACUCAGCGCCUUUGACUUCGAAGUGGCGUGUGAGAAUGGCAGUGUCACAGUCUCUGGCCACGAGCUUAUUGUCAAGCCCUUGGAUGGCGAAGCACGGACAACCCAGUUUGAGCAAACGACAGGUGUGAAGGAGGAGGUCAAGGCAUGGGCCGAGGUCCUGGUCUCGGGCAAGCCGAACCCGCUGCAGUCGACUGACGAGGCGCUGGCGGACCUGGAGUUCCUGGAGAAGAUAUUUAAGAGUGGUGAACAGGACGGAACGCGUUUGAAGUUGGAGUUGCAACUGUGA